AAUUGAGUGUGCUGGAUUGAGUCGAGCGGCAAGUUGUACUUGGAGUGCGAAGAUGGUAGGUGAAAAUCUAUCGUGUUUCGGUAUGUGGUAUGAUUGAUGUAGCUUUUUCUGAAUUUCUAUAUAUCGAAAGUUGCCGGAUCCGGAAUCGAAGGGGAGGAAAAGGAACAAGGUCCAGCUUUUCCCGCGUAACGGAGCAAAACGUUCGACUUGGCAGCAGGCGAUGGAACGACCCACGCGUUAGCAUCGGCGGAACGACAGGACCAGCACUCCAGCGAAAACGUCACAAUACUGCUGAGGAUGGAGCACUGAUAUUAAGCGGCAACCUAUGUCGUGAAGAACUGCGACUUGCGCACGACGAGCUCGCGUAGUCAUCUUUUUUUCUGGAGUCGGGACUUCGCGGCUUUCGCUUUUCUGAAGGCAUCUCGUCCUUGCGAGGACGAUGAAGAUGAAUCCGUACUAUUCCGCCCUGCACCGAUUUCGGCUGCACAAAUGGGAGGAAUGCAUCGACAUCUGCACGGACCUGCUGAACGAAAAUCCCCGAGACGAGGCGGUGUGAUAAAAGUUAACGUUUUGCCGCGCCCUAUUGAGCUGGUUUUGUGGCCCCAGAAGUACUGCAGAUCACAGCAACGUUUUUCAUUGGAUGAAAUAAGUUAGGAAAUCAACAUCACAACAUUCAUACUUGACAGGUUUGGUUUCUCAAAUGCCGUGCCAUGGUCAAGAAGGACUACCUUGACGACCUGGAGAUGGAAGAGGAAGGGCUGGGCGACCUCGUUAUGGAUGACCACGCAAUGGCCUCCGCGCCCCGCCCAGGUACAAGUCUUCGAAAUCCAACCAGCGCGGGCACCGCGGGCGGGCAAGGACCGUCCCCUGUCAUCCGCCCGGUGUCGCAGUCCGGGCGACCGCUCACGGGUUUCGCCCGCGCAGGCACCUCCCGAGCGACAAGUAGCAGCGGCCGCAACGAGCUAGCGACCGCGAUGGGCGCAACGAGGCCUGGCUCGAGUGCGCGACCCUUGACAAGUUUGGGGCGGCUGGUGAGGCUCGGCACAGCAAGCCUGAACCAAGCCAACACGAAGGAAUUCAUCAUCCCGGAGCAGCUGAAUCUCCCGAGAUUUGCCCGAAAACCUGCACUGGCGAAAGCGCUCUGCGACUGGCUGCUUUACGUCGCACGCCACCCAAAGCGGGCAUUAGAGCUCGCGGCGGAAGCGACGCAGGUCGCAGAGUUCAAGGACUGGUGAGCUUCUGGUUUGAAGUUUCGUUCUUCGUACUCUAAUCACGUAUUUGUUUUGCUGGUGCGUGUCAAUUUUUUUCUCAAUGUAAGCAUUCCAUCGCCUGUGGUCCAGCUAUUCUCGCUUUAUUACAAAAAUAAACAGGUGGUGGAAAGCGCGGCUUGGAAAGUGCUACUUCCAGCUCGGCCUGAUCGAGGACGCCAAGCGGCAGUUCUACUCGGCCCUGCGCGAGCAGGAAUUCGGCGAAACGCAUUUGGAGCUGGCGAAGGUCUUCCUCAAACUGGACCAGCCCAAUGUCGCGCUGGAACAGUACCGCACCGCCAGCGACAAGUUUGUCGGCGACACGGCGCUGCUGCUCGGCUUAGCGCGCACCUACGACGCCCUGAACCAGUCGCUGAACGGAGUGGCGAUCUACAAGCAAGUGCUGAAGUACGACAGCAUAGACGCAGAAGCGAUCAGCUGCCUCGCCAGCCACCACUUCUACACGGAUCAACCGGAAGUGGCCUUGCGCUUUUACCGCCGACUCCUACAGACGGGACAGCAAAGGUCCGCGGAGUUGUGGAACAAUCUUGGGCUGUGUUGCUUCUACUCGGGACAGGUACAACUUCUACUGGGAGGGUGCUGUCGCUCGAUUUUUCAACUGUCUUGGUAAUUUUGCUCUAGUAGACGACGACUUCUCAUCCUCGUCAUGCUUGGCUCCGAUCAUGCAUUGUCGAUGUCGGAGCGUAUGACGAAGUAGAUCUAGAUUCCUGAGACGCCACCACUAAAACACACAGUACGACCUGACGUUGUCUUGUUUCGAGCGAGCCCUUCUUCUGGCAGACGACAGCAACAUGGCCGACGUUUGGUACAACAUAGGUCACGUAGCCGUGGGCGUAGGUGAUCUUGGGCUGGCCUAUGCAAAGGAAAACUUUCCGACUUGUCUUUCUCGUCUUAUGCAGGUCUUGGUUGAGUUGUUCUCUCGCAUAGUUUUGCUUGUCGAGACAUGAAAAGUUCGCUGAGUUUUCUUUUGAUGGCGGUUAUCAGUCAUUCAAAAUCUCCGUCUCAGUAGACCCGAAUCACUCAGAAUCCUUCAAUAACCUGGGCGUUCUGGAGUUGAGGAAAGGUAACAAUACCGCUGAUUUUAUUGCCUAGCUUCGUCCUGUAGGUGUAGAUUGAGUCAAUGUGGUUCUGGUUGAUGACGAAUGAUGCAGAGUCAUUAUACAGAAAAUCCCCAACGACCAUCGCAGGCAACAUCGAGCAGGCGCAAGACAACUUUAAAGCGGCAAUAGGACUGGGCUCCCACUUCUUCGAGCCGGCCUUCAAUUUUGGCCUGCUCGCUUUCAAGCUGGGCGAGUUCCGCGAUUCCUUUGAGUACGCGAACAAGGCCCUGACUGCCUACCCCGACCACAUCGAGUCCAAGGAGCUCUUGAAGCAGCUGAAAACGCACUUUUCGACGCUAUGAUGGUCGCGGGGGGAUAUAGUUGCAUAUGCUAUGGCUGUGGUCUUCCUCUCCUGGCUGUGACUCCUUCUUGUGUGGCUGGUCAAUGCUGUUCUUUGGAAGUUUUUCGCCGUGCGGUAACGAGCUGGAAGAACAUGAACAUGCCGGCUCGGGGAAGGUGUGCGGUUCUUAGGUGUCGCAGGCCGUAGUACUUGGUACUGGGGCUGAGGCAUUUUUCAGUGAAACAAUUGUCGUGGUGUCAUCCAUGCUACUAGCGCGCCAUUCUCUCGGUAACUGUGCGUAGUUGCCACGGUAUGAUUUCGUGCAACAUCGGUCCUCCACGAAAAGGAACGCAGACGGCUACAAAUGAGGAGUCAGCCAUGGCGAAAGUGCUCGAAAGAAAAGAGCGCAGUUUUCGCUGUGUGUAAAUUGCUAAAAAAUACGCAAGAAGUAAAAGUGGCAGUAUAGAACGUACAUCUGUCCUUG